CGAUUAAGACCCACGAUCGACAUCUCCCUUCUUACGGAAUGGCUGUCCUUUUGCGGCAGACACCACAAAACUUGUGCGCAGCUCAACCCGGUAGUCCCCCAGGGAUUUCGUGUUAUAGACUGCUCGACGGGCUCGACAGUGCCGGUGGCAUGGGAAGAGGUGGCCUUUCCGAAGCACUACGUGACCCUCAGCUACGUAUGGGGAACAGACCAGGCUGGAGUUGAAAGCUCUGGAGGCACGAUUCCAGAACCGCCACCGAGGACCAUCAAUGAUGCCAUCUCUCUGACGAACAGCCUUGGGUACCGGUAUCUCUGGGUCGACCGAUACUGCAUACCGCGGGAUGACGCCAAGGUCAAACAUCUACAGAUUCAAAGCAUGGAUGUCAUCUAUCAGCACUCUGCCCUCACUAUUAUCGCCGCGGCAGGGGAGAAUCCGCAUCACGGGCUGCCUGGUGUUGGAACAACACCAAGGAAAGUGCAGCCAUCGGUAACCAUUGGGUCACGAACUCUGGCGUGGGUGCCAUUCAAGAAGCACGAAAUUCUGAAGUCCAAAUGGAACAGUCGCGGCUGGACGUAUCAAGAGGGCUUACUUGCCAGAAGGAGGCUUGUGGUUACGGAUAUGCAGGUCUACUUCCAGUGUCAAGCAAUGCAUUGUGCGGAAAGCAUCCAGGCACCCCUUAAGCCCUUGCACACCCAAAACAAGGACCGGAUGCGGGACGCGGUUAACAUGUCCCGGGUUUUUCCUCUCCAUACCGUAGGAAGAAAUCCGGCUGCCCUGAGGGACAGAAUCGGCGAGUUCCUUCAACGAUCUCUAACCUUCGAAGCGGAUAUUCUAGACGCCUUUAGGGGCGUUCUGGCGGCUUAUGAA